AUGUCGCUAAGCGACCAUCCCAAGGCCUAUGGCACCGCCGCGCUGGUGGCCGCCUUUGCCGCCGGCAUCCUGGUGACGCUCGGGUUCAAGGACGCCUACCCCGAGCUCGAAAGCCGCUUCCAAGAGAAGCGCCGGCGACCGGGGGGCCCUCGCGGCAAGGGGCCGUCCGGCCAGCGUCGACGCUCCAGCAUCUUCUGGGGCACGCCCGUCACUCUCGAAGACCACGAGCAGGACUCGCCGCCCCGCCCGUGCGACGGCAUCGUCGAGGACGGCAUCGCGGGCUGUAUCGGGCACACGCCGCUGCUCAAGAUCCGGUCGCUGUCCGAGGCCACGGGACGGACCAUCCUCGCCAAGGCCGAGUUCCUCAACGGCGCCGGCAACAGCCCCAAAGACCGGGUCGCGCUGGGCAUCCUCCGCGACGCCGAGAAAAGGGGCCUGCUGACGCCGCACCGCGGCGACACCAUCUACGAGGGCACCGUCGGCAGCACGGGCAUCUCGCUGGCGACGCUGGCACGGGCCAUGGGCUACCGCGCGCACAUUUGCAUGCCCGACGACCAGAGCCACGAGAAGUCGGACCUGCUGCUGCACCUCGGCGCCGCUGUCGAGCGCGUGCCCGUCGCGCCCAUCACGAGCCCCGGGCACUUUGUCAACCUCGCGCGGCGGCGCGCCGCCGAGCACGCGGCCGCCCACGACGACGGCAGCCGCGGCUUCUUCGCGGACCAGUUCGAGUCGGCCGCCAACUGGCAGGCGCACGCCGCGACCACAGGCCCGGAGAUCUGGCAGCAGACGGGCGGGCGCGUCGACGCGUUCGUCGCGGGCGCGGGCACCGGCGGCACCAUUGCCGGCGUUGCGCGGUACCUCAAGCAGCAGGCGGCGGCGGCGGCGGAGGAGAGCGUGCGCGUCGUGCUCGCGGAUCCGCAGGGCAGCGGGCUGUACAACAAGGUCAAGCACGGCGUCAUGUACGCGCCGACGGAGCGCGAGGGCACCCGCCGCCGCCAGCAGGUCGACUCCAUGGUGGAAGGCGUCGGCGUGAACCGCGUGACGGCCAACUUUGAGGCCGGCCGCGAGCUGGUCGACGACGCGGUCAAGGUGACGGACGAGCAGGCGUGCCGCAUGGCGCGCUGGUUGGUGGAGCGUGACGGGCUGUUCCUUGGCAGCAGCAGCGCGGUCAACUGCGUCGCCGCCGUGGCCGCGGCGACGGCGCUGCCGCCGGGGAGCGUCGUCGUGACUGUGCUCUGCGACGCGGGCACCCGCCACCUGAGCAAGUUCUGGAAGCAUGUCAAGGAACUGGGCCUGGAGGAGCACGAGGCCACCGACCUCUUUGCCGAGCUGGGCCUGGAGAGGCAGCCGUGA